GUAAUGGAAACGCCACACGAAGAAGACAGACGCGAAAAGCAGAAACCAUUUUAUCCGAAAAUAGAGAGAAAGCGAGGCACUUAAAAGUUCAAACAGUUGACAGAUAAUGGCGCCUCUCUUGCAUAUAUUGGAGCCCUAGGAUUUCGGGAAAGCCCUAAAUCUUUUCUCUUUUCCAAGAUUCUUUCUUUGUCUCUGCUUUUUUGCUUGAGAUCGAGGAAGAUUAUUGGUUAUUCUUGAUGGCUUAACAUGGAAGUUUGAUUGAUUUGAAGUCCGAACGACAUUCCUUUUGAGCUAAUUUUGAGUUUUCGCCGUGGUAUGCUAUGCUAGUCCCUCUGAUGCUGAAUCUUUGGUGCUGUCAAGCGUGAAUCGCUGCAUAAGCUCUGCAAGAAGCACAUUAAUUUCUUCAAAUGGAAUUUUGGCGCUGAUGAAUGCGUUUUUCUAGUUUCAAGGUGAUUUGAUUGGAUUCUGAGGAAGUAAUUGGAAGAAGCUUUGAUUCUGAUUUCUUUGUGGCUGUUUGAGGAGAUUUGGGGAGGAUUUCAUUUGAAGAAAUCUCAGGAGUAUUCCUCGUUUGCUAUAAGAUUCGGUGGCUGUUUGUUUCUGAGGUGCUCUGGAUCAGAGUGGAUUCAGCCAUGGUGUAGCGGCUGAUAUGGAUGACCGUGGUGAAUCAUUCGUAGCUGUGAGGAGGAUUUCUCCGGGGUUGGAACGGGGUAGCUCUUGCCACUCACCAUCCGCUGAAGUUGUGGCAGGAUCGGCAGCAUGGCUUGGCAGAGGCCUGUCUUGUGUUUGCGUUCAGAGAAGUGAAAGUGUUGCUCGCCCAUCAUUUGAUUUAACCCCUGCACAGGAAGAAUGCUUGCAGAGGCUGCAGAGCCGCAUAGAUGUUGCCUAUGAUAGUUCAAGGCCUGAACAUGAGGAAGCCUUAAGGGCUUUAUGGCACGCUGCCUUUCCUGAAGAAGAACUUCGUGGUUUAAUAUCUGAGCAAUGGAAGGAAAUGGGUUGGCAGGGAAAAGAUCCAUCUACAGAUUUCAGGGGUGGUGGUUUCAUAUCGCUGGAGAACCUACUGUUCUUUGCCAGGAACUAUUCGCUCCUUGAAACACCAGUUCCAACUGAGAUUUCUGGAACUUGCAUCUUGAAAUCGUUCCAGAACCUUCUCCAAAAGCAGGAAGGGGUCCGGUCCAUGUGGGAGUACCCAUUUGCAGUAGCUGGAGUAAAUAUCACAUUCAUGCUCAUUCAGAUGCUCGAUCUACAAGCUGUCAACCCAAGAACGCUAGUUGGAGCGAUUUUCUUGAAAUUUCUUUCAGAAAAUGAGUCAGCAUUUGACCUUCUCUAUUGUAUAGCAUUCAAGCUAAUGGAUCAGCAGUGGCUUACCAUGCAUGCUUCUUAUAUGGACUUCAAUUCUGUGAUGAAAUCCACACGCCAACAACUGGAGAGGGAGCUGCUGCUUGAAGAAAUCACACGGCUGGAGGACAUGCCCUCAUACGACCUCCUCAGAUAGUUUUUUAAGCCUGUUUGAGAAGUAUACAGACAACUUUUGGGUUCAAGAGGUGUCAUCCUCCAAUGCGUUCUUCGUCCAAUCACUUUUUUCACUCUUUUUUUUCAACCUUUUUCCUGGCAAAUUACUGUCAGAACUUAAUGGUAGGUUACCAUAAAUCUUGGAAAUUUGGAGUUGUUUUCUGUUAGAUGUUAUCUGGUACAUCCCAGAUUGCAAGUGUAACCAUAUUCAGGUUUAGUAGUUCAUUGCUCAUUCCCUUAAGAGAGAAAGGGGGGGGGGGUAAUUUAAUGCAUUUACAAAUAGGGAAUUGGUCUGUAUGACUUUUAUAUUAGCUCCAGUCACGAUUUACUGGUGAAGUUACAAAAUGGUUGAAAACCUGUUGAACUGAAGAGUUCUUUGGUGUACACGGUUGGAGAAUGUAGGAUCUGGUUUGAUAGAUGGAUCCAAAGAUCUUUUGCUCGGUGUUCA